CCGCGACCCGCCGCGCCGCCCGCCCAAACCCUAGCCCUCCUCCUCCUCCUCGCCAUGGCCACCGUCUCCUCCCUCCCGUCCCCGGCGUUCCUGGCCGCCGACCCGGCCGCCGCGCUCCCCUCCGCCACCAUCCUCCGCUUCCCGCCAAACUUCGUCCGCCAGCUCAGCACCAAGGCCCGCCGCAACUGCAGCAACAUCGGCGUCGCGCAGAUCGUCGCCGCCGCCUGGUCCGACCCCGCGCGCCCCGCCUCCCUCCCCGGCGGCGCCACGGCCGAGGUUGGCGCCAUCCCCAACGCCAAGCUCGGCCAGCCGUCCGCCGCCGCAUUGGCCGAGCAGGCCCUGCUCGGUUCAGACGCCAGCCUCGCCGUCCACGCGGGCGAGAGGCUGGGCAGAAGGAUCGCCACAGACGCGAUCACCACGCCAGUAGUGAACACCUCGGCCUACUGGUUCAACAACUCGCAGGAGCUCAUUGACUUCAAGGAGGGGAGGCAUGCUAGCUUCGAGUAUGGGAGGUAUGGUAACCCGACCACUGAGGCAUUGGAGAAGAAGAUGAGUGCACUGGAGAAAGCCGAGUCCACUGUCUUUGUGGCAUCCGGGAUGUAUGCAAGUGUGGCUAUGCUCAGCGCGCUUGUUCCAGCAGGUGGGCACGUUGUGACCACCACUGAUUGUUACCGCAAGACGAGAAUUUACAUGGAGACUGAACUACCUAAGAGGGGAAUUACGAUGACCGUUAUUAGACCUGCUGACAUGGAUGCUCUCCAAAAUGCACUGGAUAAUAAUAAUGUAUCCCUAUUCUUCACCGAGACUCCUACUAAUCCAUUUCUGAGAUGCAUCGACAUUGAUCUUGUCUCAAAAAUGUGCCAUAGCAAGGGAGCAUUGCUUUGUAUUGAUAGUACCUUUGCAUCCCCAAUCAAUCAGAAGGCACUAACUCUAGGUGCUGACUUAGUUAUCCAUUCAGCAACAAAGUACAUUGCUGGGCACAAUGAUGUUAUUGGAGGCUGCAUCAGUGGCAGAGAUGAGCUAGUUUCCAAAGUCCGCAUCUAUCACCAUGUAGUUGGUGGUGUUCUAAAUCCGAAUGCUGCCUACUUGAUUCUUCGAGGCAUGAAGACACUGCAUCUCCGUGUACAAUGUCAGAAUAAUACUGCAAUGCGGAUGGCCCAAUUUUUAGAGGAACAUCCAAAGAUUGCACGUGUCUACUAUCCUGGUCUGCCAAGUCACCCAGAACAUCACAUUGCCAAGAGUCAGAUGACCGGCUUUGGUGGUGUCAUUAGUUUUGAGGUUGCUGGAGACUUUGAUGCUACUAGGAGAUUUAUUGAUUCUGUUAAGAUACCCUAUCAUGCCCCAUCAUUUGGGGGCUGUGAGAGCAUUAUUGAUCAGCCUGCCAUCAUGUCUUACUGGGAUUCAAAGGAGCAGAGAGAAAUCUAUGGAAUCAAGGACAACUUGAUCAGGUUCAGCAUUGGAGUGGAGGAUUUUGAGGAUUUGAAGAAUGACGUUGUUCAGGCGCUUGACAAGAUCUAAGCACCUGAUUGCAUCCUCAUCAUGAGAGUUCAUCUAUCUGAUCUUGUUUGCCUCUGCAUCACGUGGAGAACUUUGAUAUUCCAGCUGAGAAUUGCGAAUAAGUUUCUUCAUUAGUUCCCAUUAUCUAGUCUUUAGUUCCAAUUAAGUUUGUGUCUCUGUUUUUUCCUCUCAAAAUGGCUAUGUUCAGAAUUAUUUUUGAAAUGCUGAAAAUCCACCGUUGUGUUGUGUACUUUUGCUUGCCUGUUGUCCUGUUGGUAGUCGGAACAGAGAAGUUGCUUUGCAUACCGUUGGGAUGCAUUAUACCAGUAGUUUUAUUACGGUUUGAGCCUUGCUAUUGCUGACAUAGAUCACUAUGGGUAUGGGAUGUAUGGAUUCAAUGAGAACAAAGCCCAAUCUCCAUUGCAAGGGUGAAAGGAUGCUGGGGCUUGAUAUCA